AAAAAAAAAAAAAAAAAAGCUCUGUCUUGAAGGAACCUAACAAUGGCGCGAAUGACGAUGCGAACACGAGAGGCACCGAUGGAAUGGGAGCGGGAGCAGGAUAGAAAUCUACCCAAUAUCUUUGCGACAGCAACACCACAACCUUUAGAUUCCCAGAGCGGCACGGCUCCUGAGUCAUUCAUAUCAGAUCGUGGUCGUGGUACUCAAUCAUUUCAACAACGAGAAUCGAGCUUUUCAUCUCAAGGCAGUCGUUCGUCAUUUACUUCCGAAGGCUGGGGCUCGACUGUAUCCAGACCUUUCCGCCAGGACUCACAGGCUAUCUCAGCUCCAGCUUCGAUAUCUACAACAACAGCAGCAGUAGUUUCAGGAGCUGGAUCUGGAUCCGGACCUGAGGACGCAUCAUCUAAACAGAGGCUAUUCGGACUUGGCAGGGAUCGUGGCGCUUCCACAACAAGCCUCACUCGGUCACCGUCUCCAGAUUCCACAUCAGGGGUUUUUGCAAAUUCCAUGAAGACCAAUAUCAGUAGCUUCGAUUUAAAUGCUCUUCGAGGCAAUAUCCCUGAACAACAACAACAGCAACGGCGCUCACAAAUUCGAUCGUCUCUUGGAGGCGAAGGAAGAGAUAAAGGAGAGACGGCCAAUCUGAAGUAUGCAAGUUACAACGGACACCGAAGUGAAAUUUCCCCUUCUUCAUUCUGGAAUGAUAAUGAGGAUGAUGAUGACAGUAUUGAUCGUAGCAAUGAUACAGACCGAUAUACUGAUGAUGUAGCUGGCGAACAUGAGAGUCAAGGCGAAAAUAGUCAAUAUACCAAGUUAUGGGGCUCGACGCAGGAUAAGCGAAAGAUAUAUGCUCGUAGUAAGCUCAAUGGUCAAAAUCAACUCUCACGUCGUCAUCGACCACAACAACAACAACAACCACAAUCCCAAUCUCCACCACCUUCACAGGGUAGAGUUUGGUCCGAAAAUGUGGAUCUCCCUUUUAUUUUGUCAGGAUAUGUUCAAGUGGCGAUGAAUGCAGUUUUUGUGGUGAUGUUGAUCUAUGUCUUGGCCAAUUUUAUAACUACUGUUCAAAGUGAUGUCGAUUGGAGAGCCAAAGGACUGUUGGAACGAAAACUGAACCAGAGGAUUCAGUGUCAACGAGAUUAUGACAUGUAUCAUUGUGGCAGUGGGCAAGUGGGCCCUAAGCUAUGGGAUACUUGUGCGGAACUGGAGGCUUGUUUAGACGUGAAAGAGCAUCGUGUGCAGAGAGCGCCAGUUGCAGCAGAAACAUUUGCGCAUAUUGCGAAUGCCUUCGUAAACACACUCUCAUACAAAACCAUUGGGUUCCUGGUGAUCAUCAUUUUUGGUGGAUUCUAUUUCUCGAACCAGGCCAUGUCUUCAUAUCGACACAACCACUUACUACAUCAUCAACACAACGAUGUCUCUCUCCAUCCUUCCCUCCAUCCUUCUCCCUUAAAAUCAGGAUCUGAGAAUACUAAUAGUAUUACAACUCAGCAUGCCUCAGACGGGUUGAAGCGUAAUGAUACAUUUGGAUGGGAUGAGAAUAGCUUCCUUAGAAGAGGAGAAACUGUUGGUAGACUAGCAUCACAAAGUUCAAAUCAGCUGGUAAAGGGAUCCUUUGCGCUCCAGCGACAUGAUUCAUUAAGACUCAAAUCUGACUCGGACUCUGAUCCGUAAAAAUAAAAUAAAAUAAAGACCCAGGCGGGACAAAAU